UGGAUGAUGAUGCCAGUAUUCAUGAUAAACUGCUGUGGGCCAUUCACAUGAGUGGGCUGGACGAUCUGCUUAAGUUUCUGGCAUGUGCUCCGAGUGAACAGCAAUGGAGCUUCCACAUCCUGGAAAUCAUCUCCCUUAUGUUUCGAGAUCAGACUUCUGAGCUUUUGGUGAAUGCAGGACAGAUGCGUUCAGCCCUGGAGAAACAGAAAGACAUGCAGGAGCUGGAGUUGCUGAGACAGAAAGAACUGGCAGAAAAACGCAGCCGCACACUAUUGAGAGGUGCCAGAGAUAUCAUCUUGAAAAGCUUUCAUCAGUCAUUAUCAGGGGAUUUGAUCUCUCUUAUUUUU